GAUACCAAUCAAAAUCUAACGAAGAGAAAUAUAAUAAAUUAUGUUUCGAAGCCUGUUUACUUGCUGCGGAGCUGCUGUCUGUUGAACAUAAGAACGCUGUGGAUGCCGUAGAGGCUACUGUUGCUUAUUUAGAAGACUGUCCAUUAACCAAUGCGGGAAUUGGGAGUAAUUUAACUAUAAAUGGGUUUGUCGAGUGUGACGCAGGCAUAAUGAGUAGUUCUACCCAUCGGUUUGCUGGGAUCGGUGCCGUCCGAAAUGUAAGAAAUCCUGUGAAAGUUGCAAGACUUCUUCUACAGUCGCAGAUUGACUACCCUUUGGGUGAAAAUGGACGUGUCCAGCCAUCUUUACUUUUCGGUGAUGGGGUUCAUGACUGGGUAGCUUCGAAAGGACACUUUAUUGAUACCUGUGAUCUUACCACUACAACUUCAAAAUUAUUGUGGAAAAAAUACACAAGUUGGUUAAACAAUGGUGACGAGACAAAUGGGAAUGCGAAUAUUACCGAUUGUAUGCCUGGGUGUAGUUAUUCCAGUGAAGAGAACAAAUCCAGCUCUGACACCGUCGGUGCUGUAUGCGUCGACUUGGAAGGGAACAUUGCCUCUGCGGCGUCAAGCGGUGGUAUUGCAGUAAAAUACGAGGGUCGUAUUGGUCAGGCAUGUACAUACGGUUGUGGUUGCUGGGCAGAGGAACUCAGUUUGUAUUCCCGAAUCGGUACUGUCACUUCUGGCAUAGGCGAACAGUUACUAACUGAUGAUUUCCAAUUUCAGGUUCAAGGGAAAGUGUGA